ACUGCCCUGGGGCAGGCGGUGUGUGGGGGAGGCAGAAUGUGUCCCCUAGAAGCAGAGGACCUCUCUCCACCGCGCUUGUGGGGUCCUUCCCGGAGUACCCAGAACAAUAGGCCGUGUGGAUGCCGGGGAGAGGCCCCCAAGUAACCUUGGGGUGCACAGAGGGUUCCAGCAACAAAGGCGGGGGUGGUCUCUGCCCUACCCGACUAUAGAGGCAGAAGAGGCCAAGGCUGUGAUGGGGUCUGUUAGGAGCAGGAUGGAGUGUUUCAGCCUUGAGGAAAAGCGGUGGAUGAGGGGGGUCGGUUCAAGACUGGAUUCCAGCAGCAUAGUGUGUAUUCACGACAAGGUCCCAGGUGGCAGCCCAGACGGGACAGGAUGGGCCACUGCUCAGAGAUGAUGUGACCUCGAUCAGGCUGGUGGAGUGCCCCCACUCUGGCCGCUCACUCAUGCAGUCUUCGAGAAGGGCUGGCCUGUGCCCUACCCCCACCGCCUUCCUCCAGAGGUCCCGCCGCCUAUUCCAGCCAUGGCUUGUGCACAUUUUCCAGUUUCCUGUGAACCUCCGCCCAGUAGCUGCUGCUGGGUGACUCAGGACCCUGGUGGCCAGGCCCCCAGCUCCAUGGGAUCUUUGUUUGCUCAGGCCCUUGGCUCUGGACCUCUAGCCUGGGGCUCAGUCAGAGGAUUUCCUGAGCCGCACCCCUGCCCUCUGACAGCCAGGCCAGUUGGGCUCAGCUGAGGUCUGGGUUGGGGGGCAAGGGUCCCUGAGACUGGGGAGGCCUCCCCUUACAUUGGGCACAGGAGAUGGAGAGCAGAGAGGCUGGGGCAGGCCAAAUGCCUCCAGAGGAUGAGAAAGAGGUGAUCCGCCGGGCCAUCCAAAAAGAACUGAAAAUCAAGGAGGGUGUGGAGAACCUGCGGCGGGUGGCCACUGACCGCCGCCACCUGGGCCACGUGCAGCAGUUGCUGCGCUCCUCCAACCGCCGUCUGGAGCAGCUGCAUGGGGAACUCCGGGUGCUGCACACCCGCGUCCUGCUGCCCAGCCCUGCGCUCAGCCCCGCUGGUGAGAGAGUGUCCCUCCAAACAGACAGCAGUUCCCCUGCCCCGGCCCAGCCUCUCAAGAGUCCUCAGGAGGGGCAGAAUGAAUCUGUGGCCUCUGGGCCCCAGCCACCUUCGGAUCAGCCAAGAGCGCGGCAGCUGGAGGCUCUCCAGAAGCAACUGCAGGUGGAGCUCAAGGUGAAGCAGGGGGCUGAGAAUAUGACCCACACGUAUGCCAGCAGCAACCCGAAGGAGAGGAAGCUCCUGGCAGCUGCCCAGCAAAUGCUCCGGGACAGCCAGCUGAAGGUGGCCCUUCUGCGAAUGAAGAUAAGCAGCCUGGAAGCCAGUGGGUCCCCCGAGCCAGGUCCUGAGCUGCUGGUGGAGGAGCUACGACAUCACUUGCACAUUGAGGCAGCCGUGGUCAAGGGGGCCAAGAAUGUGGUCAAGCUGCUUGGUGACCGGCGGGCACAGGACCGGAAGGCUGUGGCUGAGGCCCAGGCCCAGCUCCAUGAAUCCUCCCAGAAACUGGACCUCCUGAGACUGGCCUUGGAGCAGCUCCUAGAGAGACUGCCCACUGCCCACCCUCUGCGUAGCAGAGUGGCCCGGGAACUUCGGACUGCAGUGUCUGGGAACACCCAGCCUUUCAGGACACUGGUGAAGCCAACCGCCAUGACAGGCACGCUGCAGGUACACCUCCUGGGCUGUGAACAGCUGCUGACAUCUGUUCCUGGACGCUCCCCAGUGGCCGCACUGGCUGCAAGCCCCUCCCAGGGCUGGCUGCGGGGCAGAGCCAAGCAACUCCGGGGUCGGGGUGAGCUGACUUGCGAGGUGCUGGCUGUGCUGAAGGUGGACAAUCGAGUUGUGGGCCAGACCAGCUGGGGGCCAGUGGCCAAGCAGUCUUGGGACCAGACCUUUGUUGUCCCCCUGGAGCGGGCACGAGAGCUGGAGAUUGGGGUGCAUUGGCGGGACUGGCGGCAACUGUGUGGCGUGGCCUUCCUGCGGCUGGAGGACUUCCUGGACAAUGCCUGUCACCAGCUGGCCCUCAGCCUGGUGCCACAGGGGCUGCUCUUUGCCGAGAUAACCUUCUGUGACCCCAUCAUUGAGAAACGGCCGAGGUUGCAGAGGCAGAAACGCCUUUUUUCUAAACGCAGAGGUCAGGACUUCAUGAGGGCGUCCCAGAUGAACCUCAGCAUGGCUGCCUGGGGCCGCUUGGUCAUGAAUCUGCUACCCCCCUGCAGCUCUCCAAGUACCACCAGCCCCCCCAAAAGAUGCCCUCAGACCCCAGCAACCCGGCGAGCAGCUCCUGAGCCUACCUCUCCCAGUCCUUUCCCAACCAAGAAGAGCCCCUUGGGAGAAGGGGAGAAGCCCCCUCCCAAGCCCCCACGCCUCUACCUGCCCAGGGAGCCCACCCCUGAGGAGACACCGCGCACCAAACGCCCCCACAUGGAGCCCAGGAUUCCUGUCCGGCCAUCACCACUGGCAGCAUCUAGGAAACCCCCUAGGCUUCAGGACUUCCGCUGCCUGGCCGUGCUGGGCCGGGGUCACUUUGGAAAGGUGCUCCUGGCCCAAUUCAAGGGGACAGGGAAAUACUACGCCAUCAAAGCGCUGAAGAAGCAGGAGGUGCUGAGCCGGGACGAGGUAGAGAGCCUCUACUGUGAAAAACGGAUUCUGGAGGUGGUGGGCCGGACAGGGCACCCUUUCCUGCUUUCCCUCCUUGCCUGCUUCCAGACCUCCAGCCACGCCUGCUUCGUGACUGAGUUCCUGUCUGGUGGUGACCUGAUGAUGCAGAUCCAUGAGGAUGUCUUCCCAGAGCCUCAUGCCCGGUUCUAUCUGGCCUGUGUGGUGCUGGGGUUGCAGUUCUUACAUGAGAAGAAGAUUAUUUAUAGGGACCUUAAGUUGGAUAACCUCCUUCUGGAUGCCCAGGGAUUCCUGAAGAUUGCAGAUUUUGGCCUUUGUAAGGAAGGGAUUGGUUUUGGGGACCGGACGAGCACAUUCUGUGGCACCCCGGAGUUCCUGGCCCCUGAGGUGCUGACCCAGGAGGCCUACACGAGGGCCGUGGACUGGUGGGGUCUGGGGGUGCUUCUGUACGAGAUGCUGGUGGGUGAGUGCCCAUUCCCAGGGGACACGGAGGAGGAGGUGUUCGACUGCAUUGUCAAUGAGGAUGCCCUCUAUCCCCACUUCCUGUCGGCGCAAGGGCUGGAGCUCAUUCAGAAGCUCCUUCAGAAGUGUCCAGAGAAGCGCUUGGGGGCAGGAGAGCAGGAUGCUGAGGAGAUCAAGACACAGCCCUUCUUUGGGAACACCAACUGGCAGGCCCUGCUGGCCCGUGCAGUCCGGCCUCCCUUCGUGCCUACCCUGUGUAGCCCCACAGAUCUGCGCUACUUCGAGGGCGAGUUCACAGGCUUGCCGCCUGCUCUGACCCCGCCUCCCCCCCACAGCCUCCUCACAGCCCGCCAACAGGCUGCCUUCCGGGACUUUGACUUUGUGUCUGAACAAUUCUUGGAGCCUGGCAUCUCUGUCCCCUGAACUGUCAGGACUCUCUCUCUACCCACUGGGCAUCCUGCUCUUGAGGCCCAGGUCUUGCCUGGUGUUCGGAGCCCUGGGAAUUCAAGGUGGCAGCCAGGGGGUUACCAUCAUGGACUUCAUGCAGCCAGAGGGCAGGAGGUCCCCUUCCCUCAUCCCACUGCUCCUCUAUCCACCCAAAAAUAGACCAGAAAGGGGACAUAACAAUGAGGAGUGAUCUGCUUUAUUAUUCUUUUUUAAUACUUUAUUAUGGAUAAUUAAAUUUAUAAAACUGCA